AUGGAAGUUGCAUAUUUGAAAGGAUAUCUGGUAACACUGGUCUUAAUCUGUAUCCUUGUAAUAAUCUUUCUCGUUUAUUGCCGUUACAAACUGAAUUACUGGAAAAGACGAGGCGUCACGCAGUUAGAUCGCGCUGACAAAAUAUUUGGGGAUUUCAAGAGAGGAAUUUUGUUCCGUUCGCCCCCAGGUUACCAUUUUGGGGAACUCUAUCAUGAGUCAUCGAAGGACGCGCCUUACGUCGGAUUCUACAUAUUCCACAAGCCGUGUUUACUAUUAAAGGACCCGCAAAUUAUCAAACAAAUACUUGUGCGCGACUUCCACAAAUUUUCCAAUAGGAAUUUUUCGAGAUCACAAGAGAAGGAUAGCUCUGGAAUGAGAAAUUUAUUCGGAAUAGAAAACCCUGCUUGGCGAUAUCUGCGGAAGAAGUUUAGCCCCAACUUCACGCGUAGGAAAUUGAAGCAACUGCUCAACUUUAUGAUGCAAACUGGAGAACCGAUGAUGGAGUACAUGAAGAGCGGACCUGAAGGAAGUAAAGUAAUCGACGUACAAGAUGUCAAUUACAGAUACUCGGCCGAUCUCAUCACGAGUGUUGCUUUGGGUUUUCAGACGGACUCAUUCCAAUGCUCCAAUUCAGAUUACACUAAAUUCUUUAUGAACUAUUUCCAUUCAUGGAAGCGGAUGGUCGCCGUUUUCACAGUGUUCUUUGUACCCGAGUUGAUUACUGUACUGGGCGCGAGAAUACUUUACGACUCUUCGUUUAUAGAACAAAAAUUUUGGCAAAUCUUGAACGCCCGCGAGAAGAGUGACGCGAAAAGGGGAGAUUUUAUCGAUACAUUGAUCGAAUUAAAGAACCGCGAACAGGACUCUCUUUAUAAAUUCGAAGGAGGAAAUCUAUUCGCGCAAUCGUCAAUGUUCUUCUCUGGUUUCCAAACCAGUUCCCAUGUCUGUUCAUUCACCAUUAUGGAGCUGGCACGGAAUAAGGAAUGUCAGGAGCGCGCGAGGGACUGCGUGCAAAAAGCGAUAGCUAAACACGGAUGGACUUUUGAAGGUUUCAACGCCAUGAAGUAUAUGGAUCAGGUUAUAGCUGAAGGGGUUCGGAUGCAUCCAGCUGUUCCUAUCUUAGACAGAUAUGCUUUAGAAGAUUAUAAGAUACCCAACACUGAUCUGACUAUUGAAAAGGGGACUCCCAUUUAUGUGUCCCUAUAUGGUAUACAUCGUGACCCCCAAUUUUUCGAUCAGCCUGACGUGUUCGAUCCCGAACGGUUUAAUGGAGACAGGAGCAUUCCUGACAACUAUUUGCCGUUCGGUACCGGGCCAAGAAAAUGCGUAGGUAUGAAAGCUGGUCGGCUAUUUAUCAAAGUUAUGAUCAGCAUGAUCCUUUCGGAGUAUCGUUUGCACCAACGGACGACGGAGCAGGUGCGAUUGGACAAACGGGCCACCUUCUUGAGCGCCGAGAAGGGAAUUUACGUAGAAUUCACGAAAAUAUAA